GCCGCCAUCUUUGUUGAUGUGUCAGCUCCUCGGGGGUUUUGAGGGGGAACCUCGGUUGAGAGCCAGCGAUCGGCCGCGGUCUCCACGCGUGACGUCCUCGUCCACUCCGUGUCGGCGGGACCCGGCCAUGGAGACGCUGGCCCGGGAGCCGGAGCUCCAUCGGCCUCGUUAGGGUGCGGCCCGGGGCUGGGGACGGACGAUGUAAAUGAAGAUCAGGAGCAGAAUUGAAGAAAUGCAAAGUGAAUUGGUGCCAGUCAGCAUGUCAGAGACAGAGCACAUGGCCUCCAUUUCUUCUGAUGCAAAUACUGGGGAAACACCUGAGUUAAAAGAAGACUCGUGCAACCCAUUUUCUGGUGAUGAAAGCAACAAAUUAGAAACUGAAUCUGAACUAUUGUCAUUGAACUCUGACAAAAUUUUAUGUCAACCUAAUGAACACAGUUGUCAAAUUGAACAAGAAAACCUUAUUUCAGACUGUGGUGGUGGUGAGAAUUCUUAUGUUAAAACAGACCCAUACUCAGAAAACUCUGAACAAGUAGAUAACUUUCCUGCUGGGGACUUUGCAAAACAAGUGUCAAAACCAAGUGACCCAGAACAGACGGUGACACAGAUACUGGCGGAGUUGAGGUCCUCUGCAUCUACAGAAGCCAGUGACCCAAAGACGUCCUCAGCAAGCCUCUACGACACAGACUGCACCAGGAAACUCAUUUCUCAGAUAAAGACUGUUUCAGCAUCAGAUGAUUUGUUGGGAGAAAUCGAAUCUGAGCUCUUGUCUGCAGAGUUUGCAGAGGAACACCAAGUACCAAAUGGAGUGAAUAAAGGCGAGCACGCCUUAGCCCUGUUUGAGAAGUGUAUGCAUGGCAAGUACUUGCAGCAGGAGCUCACGAUUAAGAAGUUAAUUAAAGAAAAUAAGAAUCAUCAGGAACUCAUCUUAAAUAUUUGCUCAGAAAAAGACAAUUUAAGAGAAGAACUGAAAAAAAGAACAGAAACAGAGAAGCAGCAUAUGAACACAAUUAAACAGUUAGAAUUAAGAAUAGAGGAACUGAAUAAGGAAGUUAAAGCUUCUCAAGAUCAGCUAGUUGCACAGGAUGUCACAGCUAAAAAUACAAUUCAGCAAAUCCACAAAGAGAUGACCCAGAGGAUGGACCAGGCCAAUAAGAAAUGUGAAGAGGCCCGGCAAGAAAAGGAAGCAAUGGUAAUGAAGUAUGUGAGAGGUGAGAAGGAGUCUCUAGACCUUCGCAAAGAAAAAGAAACACUUGAGAGAAAACUUAGAGAUGCAAAUAAGGAGUUGGAGAAAAACACUAACAAAAUUAAGCAGCUUUCUCAGGAGAAAGGGCGGCUGCAGCAACUCUAUGAAUCGAAGGAAGGUGAAAUGUCUAGACUCAUCAGAGAAACAGACAAAUUAAAGGAGGAGAUCAGCUCGUACGUCAUUAAAGUCAAGUGGGCACAGAACAAGCUAAAGGCUGAGAUGGAUUCACACAAGGAAACCAAAGAUAAACUCAAAGAAACAACGUCAAAAUUAACACAGGCAAAGGAAGAAGCUGAUCAGAUCCGGCAAAACUGUCAAGAUAUGAUAAAAACAUAUCAGGAAUCAGAAGAAAUUAAGUCAAAUGAGCUUGAUGCAAAACUCAGAGUCACAAAAGGAGAACUUGAAAAACAAAUGCAAGAAAAAUCUGACCAGCUAGAGAUGCAUCAUGCCAAAAUAAAGGAACUGGAAGAUCUGAAGAGGACAUUUAAGGAGGGUAUGGAUGAGCUCCGGACAUUGAGAACAAAGGCAAAAUGUCUAGAAGAUGAACGCUUAAGAACUGAAGACGAAUUAUCAAAAUACAGGGAAAUUAUUAAUCGUCAGAAAGCUGAAAUUCAGAGUUUGCUGGACAAAGUGAAAACGACAGAUCAGAUCCAGGAGGAGCUUCAGAGUGGUAAACAAGAAAUUGAACAUUUGAAGGAAGAAAUGGAAAGCCUUAAUUCUUUGAUUAAUGACCUACAGAAAGACAUCGAAGGCAGCAGGAAAAGGGAGUCUGAGCUCCUGCUGUUCACGGAGAAGCUCACUAGUAAGAACGCACAGCUGCAGUCUGAGUCCUGCUCUCUGCAGUCACAAGUGGACAGCCUCUCCUGCAGUGAAAGUCAGCUGCAAAGCCAGUGCGAGCACAUGACACAGACCAACGCUCACUUGGAGAGCAGAUUGCUCAGAGAGGAGGGACUGCGGAAAGAGGAGGUCCAGAGCCUGCAGGCCGAGCUCUCCGCUAUGCAGACAGAAGUUAAAGCCCUGAGCACCCAAGUGGAAGAACUGAAGGAUGAGUUAGUAACACAGAGGCGCAAACACGCCUCCAAUGUCAAGGAUCUUAGCAAACAGCUCCAGCAAGCACGGAGAAAAUUAGACCAGACUGAGAAUGGGAACUACGAUAAAGAAGUUAGCAGCAUGGGAAGCCGUUCUAGUUCAUCAGGGUCACUUAAUGCUCGCAGCAGUGCUGAAGACCGAUCUCCAGAGAAUACCAGCUCCUCAGUGGCUGUGGACAACUUCCCAGAAGUGGACAAGGCCAUGCUGAUUGAGAGGAUAGUGCGGCUGCAGAAGGCGCAUGCCCGGAAGAAUGAGAAGAUAGAGUUCAUGGAGGACCACAUCAAACAGCUGGUAGAAGAGAUAAGAAAGAAAACCAAAAUAAUUCAGAGUUACAUUUUACGAGAAGAAUCAGGCACACUUUCUUCAGAAGCAUCUGAUUUUAACAAAGUGCAUUUGAGUAAACGCGGUGGCAUCAUGGCAUCCUUAUACACAUCCCAUCCCGCUGACAGUGGGCUAACACUGGAGCUCUCUUUGGAAAUCAACCGAAAAUUACAGGCUGUUUUGGAAGAUACAUUACUAAAAAAUAUUACUUUGAAGGAAAACCUGCAAACACUUGGAACAGAAAUAGAACGCCUUAUUAAACACCAGCAUGAACUGGAGCAGAGGACGAAGAAAACCUAACAAAAAGCUCUUGCCCAGUAGACAGACCAGAGCCGCAGACCAGCAGGUGCCACUGUCCAGUGUCCUGAAACAGCCCUUGCUUUGUGUCAACUAAUCAAAAGUUCAUUUUACUCCCUGUGUAGACGUGCCCUUUCGUGAAUGCAUUGGUGUGUGUGCCGUACUGUGAGCUCAAUGAAGUCCGUUUCUAUGUGGUGCAAUUCAGCCACCUUGUCACUGACUCAACAUCUAAUUUGCUUUUUGCCCUAAAGUGCUAAACAUUAGUACAAGGGUUUUUAAAAAACAAAACAAAACAAAAAACUUUGCCAUAGUUCUUCCGUUAGUGAGUUCAGUCUUUGAAAAGUAUUCAUGAAAAGACAGGUGUUCUCCAUCCGUUACUUCUGCAACACACAAAGACACCUAGAGAAAUCAUGAAGUUUUCAGUUUUGAUCUGGGCACAGUGAUCGCCUUAUAGUUCUAGCUACUUCGAAGGCUAAGGAGGAUCUGGAGCUCAUGAGUUCAAAGCCAGCCAGGGCAACAUCUCACAACCCCAUCACAAUUAGCCGGAAUCACAGAGUAGCCUUGCAAUGUGCUGUAAGGAUGUAUAUGAAUGCUUAAUUCUGAUUUUAAUGACAGCUAGACAGGAAAACUGGCUGUUGGUAACUAGCAGUGACCAGGCACUAUUUGUGUCUGUCAGGUUUCCUUAUUUGUCAUAGCUACGUUUUCACAUUUGAGUUGUUUGAGUUACUAGUUGAGUUUUUUACAUCUUCAGUUACUUAAACUAAGAUUUUAAACAAUGUGUGUACUUAAAAUUUUCCUGUGGACUCAUUAUAUUUUAAAAUGUGAAAUGAAUCUAAUCAUUAGAACAGAUGAAUGAAGACUUUGAAACUGACAUGCUUUAGUUUUACUGACAUUGUACAGAAGUAAAUGUAACGGGCUUAAGGCAGUGGUUCUCAACCUGUGGGUCACAACCCUUUCACAGGGGUCACACAUCAGAUAUUUACGUUACAAUUCUUAACAGUAGCAAAAUUACAGUUAAUGAAGUAGCAACAAAAAUAAUUGUAUGGUUGGGGUCACCACAUCACGAGGAACUGUAUUAAAGGGUCGCAGCGUUAGGAAGGUUGAGAACCACUGGGUUCAGGUGUUUCUGAAGACCGCGUUCCCAAGAGAAGCCAGCACUUAGCACUGUUAACUUUUCAUGUGUGCACCCGUUCUUCAGUCUUGAUGGUUGAUUACGUAGCAUAACGAAGCAUCAUUUCACCAAAUGGGAUGUUUCACUCUGUUAUUUAAAACACAGUUAUAUCUUCAUAGCCAAAGGAACUUUGAGCCAAAUUGUUGUAUCUUGUUAGAUAUCUACAGUGUUUAAGAUGUAUACUUAAAUGUUGCCAAUUGUUAGUACCAAUGUUUUUGUCAUUGAAUUUUUUUCUCACCUCCCAGAACCUAAACACUGCAUUAUGUUCAGACCAUGUGUAUCCUGGGAGACCUUGGAGCAUAUCUGGCAAGCCUCUGUUGGUUUUGUAUUUGGGCAUUUUUUUCCCCUGAGGAACUUGAGCUUUGGGGAUAGAUACCUUUAAAGAAUUGUAUGGGCUCAAGCUGGGCGUAGUAAUACGUGCCCAGAAUGGUAGCACCUAGGAGGUGCAGGAAGAUUAAAGGCCAGCCUCAAGGACAAAGUGAGUUGGAGGCCAGCCUGGGCUACAUGAAGCCCAGUUUUAUAAAUAGAAUUGUUUGGGCUCUAAAAAUUUAGAUCAUGUCAAUGCCCUUUUAAUGUGUUUUAACAUUUCCUUAAAUCAACAUUGAUUAUAAAUGUAAUUUACUAAAUACUAAAUGUCAGUAUAGUGUCUUUUUGUGAUAUCUGUUGUUAUCCAAACAAUAUCUCUUAGCUUCAGAGUGAAAAUGCAUUCAAAGUUGUUUUAUUUUUAAAUAGUUGUAAAAAGUGUUAGUCAUAAUGUCUUGCUCUUUUUAUUAUUAAUAAUUUAUUAGAAUAAAAAAUAAGAGGGUAAGUGCAAUAAAUUCUGAAUUAUUUGCCCAUUUAUUCCUAGACAUACUGGAAGACUCCAAAGGUCUACAUAACGUAGGCAAUGUAACUACACUUCCCUGGUUCCUCAGGUGAUAUUGAUUCGUGAGUUACAGUGAUUGGGUUUUUUAAUUCCAAGAUACAAACAUGCAUAGCGGAGACCAAAUAGUGGUAAUGUCCACAGUACAGUCAGUACCGAACGGAACAAGUAGUGUUUAUAUUUAUGCCACCAUGUACUUGUAGAACUUAAUGAAAUAAUUGAAAAAUAUCAUUACUAAAAGCCAUACUUGCAUCAUACUGCUUUCUUUUUCCUAUUUAUGAGGCUUAAAAAGCUGGAAAAGUCUUGUUUUCUUUUUUGUUUGGCAUCUCCUGUGUCCUUUCAUACAUGGUCAGGACUGAGCAAAGUAAUGUAUAAAAAUGUGUGUAUCUGAGAGAACUUCUCCACUGAUUUAUAAACAGCUCCUACUGUGGAUUUCUGAGGUCCUCCUACUGAUUGACUAUAUGGAGGAAAGAACCUGAGGACCCAGGGGUAUUGUUGUAUUUGAUCAUUGUUAGUUCCAAAUGUAAGUGACUAUUUUAGUUAUUUAAUAAUACUUUGGUAUCCUUGGGCAAGAAACUGUGUGUGUCGGUGUCCAUACACUUCCCCUGUUUUCAUUUGAAAGUGAGUACCUGUCACUCCUUUUUUUCCCCAUACCACUUGAGAUUUUGAGUCUGUUAAAACAGUCUCAAGGAUUGAACAUGGUGAGUUUGGACAGAAUGAACAAUUGGUGGUGGUGGUUUGGUUUUGUUCUACAUAGCCAUUUAAAAUGACUCAAUCAGGCUACACAUGUCAUUUAUUCAUUUAGGAAAUACAUUUGCCGGGCACCCUACAGGUAUGGUGGCCAUCGCUUUCUAGUCCCUUGGGACUUGCGGUCUCAUGACAGCAGCAGCUCGGGUCCUCAGACCUCGCUCGCGCCUGCUCUUUAUUCCUGGGCUGAGGAGAGAGUUGAUUGACUUACAUAGGUAGAUGGCCCGACAGCCCCAGGCUGACCUGGAGCACUGGCCUGGGGAGCAUUUCGAGCACAUUGCUGUUUUCAUGGUGCUUCUGCACAUCUCCUAACAUGGUAAGGGGAAACCCGAAGACCAUACAUGUUAGACCUUUACCAUUGAGUAAAUGCCUGACUGGUGCCUGCUUGGUGUCCUGAAAUGAACCCAAUCGUGUUGUACACCCUUCCAAAUUCUCUUUUACACCGGAUGUUGAUUAUUUUCUAAAUAUUUUUACAAGAAAAUUUAGGAAAAAAUCUGAAAAAAAAAACUCAGAAACUAUUAAUAAUGUAAAUGUGAUAUUAUGUUGCCCUGGUAAGGAUAUUUUUUAUAAUGUCAUUCAUGCCUCGAGACUAUUGACUCUACUAAUAUUUUUCAAGAUUUUUUUUUUCCAGUGAGUAGUUCAUUUUCACACUAAUAUUUUUAAUCUUCAAUAGUAGUUGGUGGCACUAGCGACCUGAAAAUUGUCAAAGGUGAACAAGAGAAAUAAUUGAACAACAAACUAAAUGAGAACUUAGUUGCAUAUUGAAAUGUAUGUUUCUUCUUGAAUGGACUCUUGAACCGCACAGGGCUGUCCUUUGUUACUUUGCUGUCUUCCCUUCCCGAGUGUGUGGGCGUCUGCAUUGUAUAGAUAGCCCUGGAUUACACUGUGCAUUCUGUAAAUAAUCUGUACAGAGCAAUGCUCUUCAGGGGUCUGUGUACAUUCUGUACUUAUUAAAUAAGCAAUGCCUGUUUACCAA